AUGUGGUCGCGAACAAUCCGAGCGGCAAGAAUCCAGCUAAGACAGGCUCCCCGAUUUUCAUGCCUCAAGAGAAACAUCACUGGACAGCAACACCCUCCGGUGCCACAUACGACCUACUUUCAACAACCGCCGCCUCAACCUCCCAAAAGACCGCGAAGAAUACUGCGAAAUGUUCUGUGGAGCACCUUGUGUUUCUCAGUCGGAGCUGUCACGGUUCUCGCUGUGCUUGAAAUUCCGUCAGAUUUGUUGUCCGAGUUGCAAAACGAAGGGGAGGCCGCCGAAAAGAUCCAAGAGGCUUUGAUUGCAGGUGCUAAUGAUGCUGCUGCUCGGCAUACACUGCUAAUCAAGCCAUUUGUGCAGGUGCCGCCAUUAGAUGCCGAGCAUGCUACCGAGCUUUUACUUGCUCGCUCCGGUUUCUCUGUCACACCAACAGCCGUUGCCCACACUGUAACGUCGCCUUCUAAUCAACCCUGCGAGGAUACAUGGUCCAGCGGUGCCUACAACUUUUUCAAUGACCAGACCAGAGAUUGGUACGAGUGGGCCGUUUUUGAUGGUCAUGCCGGACCACGCACCUCGCAGUAUCUCAAGGACUUCCUACCCACGAUUGUUGGCGAGCAUUUGUGGGACGCAAAGUGCAUGGACCAGCCGAAUGAAGCUCGGAUCGUCAGCACGAUCAAGAAGGCUUUUCAAACCAUCGAUCAUGCAAUCGUUGGAGAGGCCGGCAACCGCUUGCAGAUGGGAGGGCCUCUCGCGGAGAUGGUGGCAACUGGCGCCGCAGCGUUCUCUGGUUCUUGUGCGAUCUUGGCAUUAUACGACCCCGUUCGAUCGUUACUACGCAUUGCAAAUGUGGGAGACUCGAGAGCUGUUUUGGGGCGGUGGGAUUCCAUUGGACAGAGAUACGUGGCCGUGCCCCUUUCUGUUGACCAUACAGGUUUCAACCAAAACGAAGUGGAACGUAUUGCGCGCGAGCAUCCCGGAGAAGAGGGAAUUGUUGACCCCAAGACAGGCCGUGUGUUUGGCCUAGCGAUAUCGAGAGCUUUUGGGGAUGCAAGAUGGAAAUGGAAGGAAGAGUUGACGAGAAUGGCGCAAGAGAAGUUUUUCGGCCCAGCUCCGCGACCUAACGGAGUAGUCAAGACUCCACCAUAUAUCACCGCGGAGCCAGAAGUUACGACGACCAAGAUUAAUACCGCACCGGGUCACCCGGAUUUCUUGAUCAUGGCCAGUGAUGGCCUGUGGGACAAUCUAUCGUCGGAUGAUGCUGUAACUUGUGUACAGCAAUGGCUGGACAAGAACAGACCAGAAGCUUUUCUAGACGAGAAUGCAGGGAGCACCCAGUGGAACGAACUCGUCCGACGGAGAAAUUCUGGCCUUCCCCCAACAUUCACAAGCGCCAGUGACCUGGAAGCUGGAGACGACACAUGGUGGGACGAGGAAGAGAGAUGUCUGAAGUGGAAAUCGUCUCCUAAGUACUUUGUCAACGAGGACGACCAUGCCGCGGUUCACCUUGUGAAGAACGCUCUGGGCGGAAAGCGAAGAGAUCUGUUCGAGGGGGUCAUGAGCGUUCAAUCGCCGUAUUCUAGAAACGUGAGAGAUGAUAUCACUGUUCAUGUGAUAUUCUUUGGGGUUAAAACACCGGUCAAGCCGUGA